GUACGGGAAAAACCGCUACUUUCUCAAUUGCAAUAUUGCAGCAAAUCGAUACAUCCAUUCGCGACUGUCAAGCGUUGAUUUUGGCUCCGACUAGAGAGUUGGCAACUCAAAUACAACGCGUUGUAAUGGCACUUGGUGAAUACAUGAAGGUACAUUCACAUGCUUGCAUUGGUGGUACUAAUGUUCGUGAGGAUGCCCGUAACUUGGAAACUGGGUGUCAUGUUGUUGUUGGUACACCGGGGCGUGUUUACGACAUGAUUAAUCGAAAAGUGCUUCGUACACACAACAUUAAGUUGUUUGUUUUGGACGAGGCCGAUGAGAUGUUGUCACGUGGCUUCAAAGACCAAAUCCAAGAUGUUUUUAAAAUGCUUCCUCCUGACGUUCAAGUCAUCUUGCUAUCUGCCACUAUGCCGCCUGAUGUACUUGAAGUCAGCCGUUGCUUUAUGCGUGAUCCAGUUAGCAUUUUAGUGAAGAAAGAAGAGUUGACGUUGGAGGGUAUCAAGCAGUUCUACGUAAAUGUAAAACAGGAAAAUUGGAAGCUUGGUACUUUGUGUGAUUUGUACGACACACUUUCCAUCACUCAGUCUGUAAUUUUCUGCAACACAAGGCGUAAGGUGGAUCAGUUGACUCAAGAGAUGACAAAUCACAAUUUCACUGUAUCUGCUAUGCAUGGUGAUAUGGAGCAACGCGAUCGUGAGGUGAUUAUGAAGCAGUUCCGUUCGGGAUCCUCUCGUGUUCUUAUAACCACUGAUUUGCUCGCACGGGGUAUUGAUGUGCAGCAAGUUUCGCUUGUCAUUAACUAUGACUUGCCAUCGAAUAGAGAAAAUUACAUUCAUAGAAUCGGUCGUGGUGGACGGUUUGGGCGCAAAGGUGUUGCUAUUAAUUUCAUUACGGACGAAGAUAGAAGAAUUCUUAAAGAUAUUGAACAAUUCUACCAUACCACUAUUGAGGAGAUGCCAGCUAACAUUGCUGAUUUAAUUUAAACAGCUGAAACUGCGAGCGUCAGGAGAACCAGUCGUUGUUUCUAACAUCAUCCAAAAAUAAAAUCAGCAGAAAGAACCAACAUAAGUUUUCCGAAACUCAGUUUAUAAAAAAUAAAAAGUAUAUCUGCUAUAUAUUGAACAACAAUAGCAAGAACUACUACGUCAAAAAAAAAGAUUAUAUUGUUUUAACUUUUUUCUAGAAUAUUCAACAACAAAGAAGCAACAACUACAUAUAUUAUAAUAUGAUAAUAAUAAACUAAACGGGCCACAGCUCUAGCAAAUACAGGGCGGGAAACUACAUCGCAUUGUGUAUUUACUUUUACCUGGGCUCGAAACUAAAAAGA